GAAGUCGAAAGUCGAUUCCGAAUGUUUUUAUUGGUGUUGGCAACAUUCAAGCGAAACGUCAAAACUCUGUUGCCUAUGGACUCUAUUGAUUGGUCAAUGAGGAGAUGUAAAAAAUGGCUGCCUUGCAUUCUCCUACUCAGGUGGCCGGGAACCACAGCGCUAUAUACGAAGCGUAUUAUCAUCAGGUGGACCCGAACGCGACGGGCGCGGUGCAGGCGCCCGACGCCGCGCGGUUCCUCAAGAAGUCCCGCCUCAGCGACGUCGUGCUCUCCAAGAUAUGGGACCUCUCCGACCCCAAUGGCAAGGGAUACCUCGACAAGACGGGGCUGUUCGUGGCGCUGAAGCUGGUGGCGCUGGCGCAGGCGGGCCGCGACAUCAACAUGAGCAACAUCCACGCCGACACGCCGCCGCCCAAAGUGGGCGAGCUGCCGCGCGUCCCGGCCGCGGGCCCCCCGCGCCCCGCGGCGCCGUCCCCCGCGCCCGCGCCCGCCGCCUCGGACUGGUCCAUCAAGCCCGGCGAGCGCGACAAGUACAACGCGCUCUUCGACUCGCUGCAGCCCAGUAACGGGCUCAUCGCCGGUAACAAGGUGAAGGGAGUGCUGAUGGAGUCCAAGCUGCCUUUGGAUACUCUCGGCAAGAUCUGGGAUCUGGCGGAUCAGGACCGCGACGGCAUGCUGGACCGCCACGAGUUUUUGGUGGCGAUGCACCUGGUGUACAAGGCGCUGGAGAAGCACGCGGUGCCGACGACGCUGCCGCCCGAGCUGCGCGCGCGGCCGGCGCGGCCGCCCUCCCGCCCGCCGUCGCGCCCCCCCUCCCGCCCGCCCUCCCCCGGCCGCCCCGCGCCGCCCGCCGCCGGCCCCGCGCAGACCAACGCGAGCCUGCUCGAGGGCCUGCUGGACCUGUCCAGUGUGAGUAUUCCCUGCCCCGCUGGGAUAGUUUCUGGGCCGCCCGCCGUGACGCGCUGGGUGGUGUCGGCGGCGGAGAAGGCCGCCUCGGACGCGCAGUUCGCGGUGGCCGACGCGGACCGCGACGGGCUCGUGUCGGGGCUCGAGAUCAAACACGUGUUCCUCGAGUCCGGGCUGCCCCAGCAGACGCUCGCGCACAUAUGGGCGCUCUGCGACAUAGAGGGCGUGGGCAAGCUGAACCGCGGGCAGUUCGCGCUCGCCAUGUGGCUCGUGAAGAGGGCGCUGCGGGGGGAGGCCCCGCCCCAGCACCUGGCCCCCAACAUGAGGCCCCCGCCCGAGGCCGCCGUGCCACAGCCGGUGGAGGCGCCGACGCUGGGCCCGCAGCCCACGCCGGAGAUGGAAGCCAUCGCCCGCGAGGUGGACGCGCUGGCGCGCGAGCGGCUCGCGCUGGAGGCCGAGAUCGCCACGAGGACCCGCGAGCUGGCCGCCAGCACGCAGGAGGCCACCGGCCUGCAGAGUGAAUUGGACACGUUGACGGCAACGCUGAAACAGUUAGAAAACCAAAAAGGGGAGGCACAAAAGAGGUUAAACGAUCUCAAGGCACAGGUAGAGAAGCUGAGGUCCCAGGUGGCGGCACAAGAGGCGGCGGCCAACGAGACCUCCGCCGAGGUGGCGGCGCGACGACAGGCCGCCAACAGCCUGCGCGAGCGAGAGAGCAUGCUGCAGGACGAGCUGGAGCGAGCGAGACGGCAGGCCGACGAGCUCACGCACACACACAGCCGCACCGUGCUGCAAGUCAGCCAGGCGAACAUCAAGAUAACGCACCUGGAGGAGCAGUUGCGCAUGAUCGAGGAGGCCGUGGAGGCGCUGGCGGCGGGCGGCGCGGCCGCGCAGGCCGCGCUGGCGCUCCGCCCCGCCAUCGACAGCGCCAGCCUCGACCGCCUCGUCGGCGCCGGGGAGGAGGAGGAGCCGGCCGGCGGCGCGUUCUCGGCCAUGAACGGCGGCUUCGCGGACCCCUUCAAGGACGACGCCCGCCCCGCGCCCGCCGCCGCGCCGCCCCCCCGCGACCCCCGCGACCCCUUCGCGCCCCGCGCCGCCGCCGCGCAGGUGCGUACACCGCGGGGAGGGACGAGCACCGCGGGAAGGGAAACGAGGGGCGCCGAGCGAGACUGUGCGGUUGCGACACCGAGUGAAAAUCCUAUUGUUGUGCAGGACGGGUUCGGGCGGGACCCGUUCGCGGCGUCGGGCGGCGACCCCUUCGCCGGCGACUCCUUCGCCGCCGCCGACAAUAAGCAGCCCGUCGAUGCGUCGUGGGAGGCGGACCCGUUCGCGGUGCUGCACUUGCCGCCGCGCGGCUCGCCCACGCCGUCGCUGCCGCCCAAGCGGCACAAGACCCCGCCGCCCCGCCCCGCGCCGCCCCGCCCCAACCCGCCCGGCAAGACUUUGGACUUCGCCGAGGACCCCUUCAAGGACUACCGCUACGAGGACCCCUUCAACAUCGAGGACCCCUUCAAGGACGCCGCGGACAGCAAGGACCCGUUCGCGCGCAGCAGCUCCGCCGCCAUCUUCCAGCCCGAGGACCUGUUCGGCGGCGGCCUCAACGGCUUCCCCAAGCCGGAGCGAGGCGGCCGCGUCUCCGCCCCGCCCGACCCCUUCUCCGGCAGGCCGGACCCCAAGCCCGCGCUCGCCCCUCCCGCCGACGACAACUGGGGCUGGAACGACGACUGGGCCGCCGACGACGCCUGGGCCAAGCCCGCCGCCUCCAGCGACGCGUGGAACGACAACAAAACGGACAGCUGGGCCGCCUCCAGCCGGAAGACUGACAACUGGGCGAACAAGACCGACAACUGGGCCAAUAAAACUGACAACUGGGCCAAAAACGACUGGGCGGCCGAUUUCGGCGACCAGAAUAAAAAUCUUAACGAGACGUGGCCGAACACGCUGCCCAAGAAGGAGAAGUCGCCCAAACCGGUCAAGUACGCCAAGAGUCUCGUUCACACUAUAGGCGGGAUCGGGCGCAGCAAGCAGAAGAAGCGAGGCAAGGAGGAGACGGUGCGGCCCGGGCCCGGCGGCGCGCCCAGCGAGGAGCAGCAGUGGGCGUGGGCGGCGGCCGAGUCGGCGCGCCUCGCCGAGGAGGCGGAGCGCCGCCGCCGCCGGGAGGACGCCGAGCUGCAGCGCGUGCUCGCCAUCUCGCGCCAGGACAAGUGACC